ACUCUUCUUCUUGCUGAGUUUGGUGGUUUGGGGUUUUUUUAAAUCAGUGUAAAUGGAAGCAAAGCUUGGCUUUCUUGAAUGUUGGGUGGUUCGUGGUGUUCUGCUGCUGUCUGGGGCUUUGUCCCACUGGAUGCUGAGUUCAUUCGCUUCCCUCCCGGCUCUUGCAGUUCCUCUGGUGCCUUCUGAGUGAUGAAGUCCCAGGUUUGAGUCCCCAGGAUGGAUUUAAACCCUCAGGAACUAAAUACCAGCCUUCUCCAAAGCAGAAAGUAAAUUAAAGCAUUGCUGGGAGUGCUGGGGGGGAUAUUUGCUACAGGCCUUGUGGUCUGUCACCCAGGGCUGUUUUAAAAACUAGCUGUCACUGUAACUUUCCAGACACCCCUGGAAAAGGUGAGUGGGGCUGUAAUGUAACCUGAGGAGAAUGGAGCUAGAAUGUAAUUUUCUUGCCCAGCUGAAACAAAAUCCAGCAUUUUAAACAGAAGGUGCUGUUGUUGACUUUAUUUAGGAGAAGGAACGGUAAGUACAGGGUUAAAGCUUCUGCUAAUAAAUAAAUUCUUCUCCUUUCUCUUGGGAAAGCAGCUUCUGUGUAAAAGCCCCAGAGAAAUCCCCUGGUAUUUGCUGGUGGAUGCUCAGUGAGUCAGGGCAGUUGAUUUUUCCUGUGUGCACAGCUGGAAUUGCCAAGCUGGGAGCUGUUGUGGGGGAUGCAGGAUGUAAACAGCCCCUGUGCCGUGGCUGCUGGGUUAGCACAUCUGCUUGCAGGAGUAAAUGUUGUUGGUUUGACCGUGUUAAAGGUUGGAAAGAAUUUUGUUAAAUGCUUAAGAAAAUAGGAGAUAAUGAAAGCAUAAAUCUUGGAGGGUGUGGGAGCACGAGUGGAAGUGGAAAGGGGUGAAGAUAUGUGUAUAUGAAGAUGCUAUAUGCAUUUAUGUAUCUUAAGUUCUUAAAGUAGGAAGUGUCUUGUAUUUUACUUACAGGCACCUUUUAGUCAAAAACCCCCUGAAAUUUAAUGCUUUGAUAAGAAAACUUUGACGAGAAAAAAGAUUUCAGUAAAAAGUUCUAGUGUUGAAACAACACUCUUCUGAAAUUCUGAUAAUCCCUAUAAAACUUUAAUACCUGUGGUUUACAUCCAGUGUUUAUGGUUGGUUUUUUUUUUUUACUUUCUAAACAAGGGAUCUACCAGGCAAGAGUUCUUGCUGUUAAUGGCACUUCAGUGUUUGCAGGAGAAUCUGCUUUUGGGGCUGCUCUCAAUUUGCUCAAAUUUGAAGUUGCUUUUUAAAUAGCUUCAGUGUAUUUCCUUUUUGUGGGUGAACCCUUCUGAGAAUUUUCUCUCUUUAAAUGACAAACUGGUGGCAUUCCCUACAUAUUGUCCUUUGGUGUCAUUAUGCAUUUCCAUAGAAAAUCAAGAACUUCCAGUAAGUUGCUAUUUAUUUUAAGAUAUCCCAUAAUUAAAAAAGCAUUUCAGCUGUUUGGCUCAUGAACUCGUAACUCACAUUGUGUGUCCCUUUGUCUGGGAUAUUCUGUGUCAUAUCCAAAAUUAAGAAGUGAAAUUAAAAAUUAAGAAGUGUAAUUCAGAAGCACUGGUGUGCAGAGAGCAGACUCGUGUUUCCUGUGGAAAUGUCAGGUCAGGAAAGGGGAGUGUUGUGUAUCAGAUUGCCAGAAUGAUUGAUUUGUGUCUGGUCUCUUCCCUGAUGAUCUGUCUGGCUGUUGGAGUCGGCAGCAAAGUUUUUCCGCUGCAAUUUUUGUAAUUAAGUAUUGUGGGCUAUUUUUAAUUUUAAUUAAUUCAGCAUAAUUCAAAGUGAUUUGCAGCACACCACAGUUUUAAUUCCAAAUGACUUAGACUUAACUAAUUCUUUUGAUUGAAAUACCUUUAAAUAAAAUAUGUUCCUAUUUCACUUGUCAGCUUUAUCUGGUAGUUGCUGAAGGAAGUGAUAUAAUUUCAAGCUUGGUUGUUUGUUUUUUUCUUUUAGUUUUCAAUCUGGUGCCUUUCUCCUGCUGGCAGCAGGAGUGGAGGUAUAGGAAUUAUCUGACUGUAUUUACUGAGCCCAAAUAACAGCAGCAGUUGAUAGGAAGGGACAGAUAGGCUGUUUGCAGGAGCUGGGGUGUGUUAGAGGCACAUAUAUAUUUCUUUGUGUUUAUACACACAGAGAGAAGGACAGACAGACACACAGAGGAGGGCCAUGGCAGUUGCUCAUGUGAUCGGAGCCCUUGUCCUCGCCGUUGGGAUUUAUGCAGAAAUUGAAAGACAGAAGUACAAAACUCUAGAAAGUGCCUUUCUAGCCCCAGCAAUUAUUUUAAUACUUUUGGGCAUUGUGAUGUUCCUGGUAUCCUUUGUGGGUGUACUGGCUUCUCUGAGAGACAAUUUAUGCCUUCUGCAAGCAUUCAUGUACAUCCUUGGUGUCUGCCUGCUGAUCGAGCUGACGGGCGGAGUGGUGGCCCUGAUCUUCAGGAACCAGACAAUCAAAUUUUUGAAUGAUAACAUUAGAAGAGGAAUUGAGAAUUACUAUGAUGAUUUAGACUUCAAGAACAUCAUGGAUUCUGUUCAAAAGCAGUUCAAGUGCUGUGGUGGAGAAGAUUAUAGAGAUUGGUCCCAGAACGUGUACCACAACUGUGCAGCUCCAGGACCUCUGGCUUGUGGGGUGCCCUACACUUGCUGCAUCAGAAACAAGACAGACAUUAUCAACACUAUGUGUGGAUACAAAACCAUUGACCAAGAGCGCUUGAGCAUUCAGCACAUUAUCUACGUCCGAGGGUGCACCAAUGCUGUGCUCAUUUGGUUUUUGGACAACUACAGCAUCAUGGCUGGUGUGCUGCUUGGCAUACUGCUGCCCCAGUUCCUGGGCGUGCUGCUGACGCUGCUGUACGUGACCCGGGUGGAGGACAUCAUCUCGGAGCACAAGCUGGGCCAGAGCCUCUUCGGGGACGCGCGCCGCGGGGCUGAGCCCGACUUCUCCGCGGCCGGCUGCUGCAUGUGCUACCCGGGCUGAGCCGGGAGCCCAAAACCUGCCAGGCCAGGCAAUCCCGGCUGCUCCGGGGCUGCUGCAGACUCUGGGGGUGCUGGAGCAGCCAGCAGCCGGCGGUGGGUGCGAGCCAGGACGCACCGGAGUGGCCCCGUGCGGGGCUUGGGACAAUAAAUUGCUCCUGGGUGAUUGCUGGGAGAUAACACAACCAAAAAACUGGAGAAGAUCUGAACUGGAUUCCUAGGAAGUGUCUUUGCGUCUCUGGAUGUGGUAUUUAAGUGUUUGUGCUUCUCCAGCUGUAUUUUCUUACUCCUUCCAGCGAGAUUUCUUACUGAUCCACACGGUGAAUAUGAAACCUGUGUUUAACAGUGGGGUUUUAUGCUAAUCAUGGUGAAUUUACUGACAAUAAUGGAUGUGAUGCUCAGUCUUCUGUGCCUUUCAAUAACGGGGCAAAUGCCAGUGUCAAAUCAGUCAGGUAAUGCUUGAUCUAUUUUUUAACGCAGUUUAUUACUGUGUGGCUUUUGUAUGAACUUACAGGAUGUUUGAGUCUUGGAUGUACUGUAUUUUUCCCCUUUCGUAAAUUAACUAGGUGAUUUAUGACUUUAUAUUUUUUUGGAGUUCUGUAUGUCAAGGUGUUUCUAAAAUUUAUUGUCGAAAUAAAACCAAUGAGUUGUUUUUUUCUUAAAAAAAAAACCAAAAAUACAUGGGUUUUGUUUUAAAUUAUUUUUAUUGUCUUAUGUAAGUUAAGCCUGUCCCUCAAAUGCUGAAUGAAAAGGUAGAAGUAGCAGGAGCUGUGAUUCUGGCUGUGGUUUUGGAGAGUCACUGAACAUCCAUUGCUUCUCUUAGUCCACCACGAGCUCUGGGGUUUUUGUUGGUGUUCCUGAGCAUUUCUGUGCAGUCUCUCCAGCCCCAGACAGGCCUGCAGGCAAAACGCAGGCAAAAACCUAAUUAUCAUUAAUAUCUCAAUUAAACCAAAGUCAGGAUGAGAAUAAAGCAGGUUUAUAUCCUGAAUAUAAAUCUCUUCCAAACACUCCACUAAGAAAAACAGGACAACAUCUGAUAUUAUUCUCUCCUUGCUGCUUUUUGUUGUUGUUUUUUAAAAAAAAAAAAAAUUCUUGUCCUGGACAUUUUCUGCUGCUUAACUCUCUGCCUUCACCAAGAAUUUCUUAGCAAACUUUGUGUGUUUCCAGGAGCCAAAAAAGACUCAUCCAGUUCUUGGGUGUUGCUGGUGGUUUCUAGGGACAGAGAUGCCAGUCCAGCAGGGGCAGUGGGAGGUCCACAGCACGCUCUAGCGUUGGGCCCUGCACUGCUCAAUGUUUAAUUGCUCCUUUUCACCCCAAUUCUCCUGGUCUCUGUCUUGAAUAAUGCGUUCUGGUAAGUUAAGAAGCAAGGUGUGUUUUAGGAGUGGGUUUGUGUGCAAGGAGAGGGAGGAUGGAGCUGACUGCAGGGGAAGGAUGGGAAAAUUGAGGCUGGAGUUGGUUUGUAGCAGGGACUGGGCUGGGAAGGUGGGAAUGACAAAGGUAGUUCUCCUUUGAUGACAAAAGUAAAUUGAUUUUUUUUUAAUAAAUUGAUUUUGUUUUUGGUAAAUGUGGGGGUGGUGUGAAAUAUGAGAUAGCCCAGAAACCAGGAGGUGGCACAAGUGUGGUUAAACUUCAGGUGGUUUAAAUGAAAUGGGGAGAGUAUUUUGGGAUACAAGAGAGCAAUUAUCCCUUAUGAAGAAAAUUUGUAGGCUGUACUGAAUUUUCAGCCAUCCCCAGUGUGAUUCACAGUGUUUGAAUGGUGUCACAAAGUAAACCCUGUGUGAUUUUGUUUAAUAAAUUAUUGAUUCAGAAA